UCAUCCUUUAAUGCCCCAAUGUGUACUGAUGAGGUCCAACACUUUUAAUAACCAAAAUCAGCCCCGAGUCGACUUGUUCGUCUCUCGAACUGCGUGCCACUUCCUGAAUAUGCGUCCUUAAGUUCUGCGAGGCUUGCUUCAAUUUCUUAGCACGCGCUCUGGUGACCGAUCCGGUAGAAAUAUGCAACUUGUCCUCAUGCUCGGAGUCCAGCUCAACCCUAUCAUUGAGAAGCUUUGCCAAGAGCACACACAGCUUGACCUCCCUGGCUCUCUCACUCUCGGAUCUUCUCUCGACCAAGACAAGAAGCAUCACCAUCAACAUCAACUGUUUGGGUUGCUGAAGCCAUUUCCUGCAGUUUCAAUCGCUUCCCGUGCCUCCCUUGAACUCCCUGAGCUACUUGUAGUUGUCGGUAGUGUCCUCAAAGUCCUCGAGGUCCGAGUUCCCUCAAUGAGCUCCAGCUAUGACCGUUUCUACUGCCUAAGGUUUCCUAAGCUUCCGUCCAACUCAUUUCUCGCUUGUUCAUGUUGCUCCUACCUCAUCUUGAGCUCCCCGCAGCUCCAUCGAGUUCAACUUCUUCCUCCACAGCUUUGCCACAAGCCAAAGAGAGGGCUAGAGAAGAAAAUUGGAAUAGGCCGAUGUCGGUGGGGCUAGAAAACAACGUGGAGACUUGCCUAGGCUUAGGUUGAGUUCCGAGUUGAAGGCCGACUCGGUCCGCGGUAGUUAAGGAUCUUCUGAGCUAACCCAUCCUAAGAAUCUCUUGGGAUUAGGUAUAAAUCUCAAUUUUAGUGUCAUGAGGUAGGUCCUUCGAUGUUUGAUGAGUGGAUUCGAUGAGCUUGACAUGAUUAAAUGCCCAUAAUUCGUGUGUUUGGGGA